ACCCCUGCGCUUUCCUUGAUCGGAGCGGCCCCAGGAAAGGGAAGAAGAGGAGUUCAAGAGAGCGAGCCAGCGCGGCUCCGACCAGCUACUCCGGCUCCUCUUUGCCUCGCGCCAGGAAUCAUGAACUUUCUGCUCGCUUGGAUGCACUGGGGGUUGGCCGCGCUGCUCUAUUUCCAGAACGCCAAGUUCUCGCAGGCUGCUCCUGCCCAGGGAGAUGGGGAAAAGCAACAGAGUGAGGUUAUCUCAUUUCUGGUGGUCUUUGAGCGCAGUGCCUGCAGGACAAUUGAGACCAUGGUGGAUAUUUUCCAAGAAUACCCUGACGAGGUGGAAUACAUUUUCAAGCCAUCCUGUGUGCCCCUGAUGAGGUGUGCAGGGUGCUGUAAUGACGAGGCGCUGGAGUGCGUACCCACAUCGACGUACAAUGUCACCAUGGAGAUCCUGAGAAUUAAACACUUUCAAGGCCAGCACUUAAGCCGGAUGAGCUUCCAGCAGCACAGAGAAUGUGAAUGCAGAGAGAGACCAAAGAAAGAAGUGAAACCUAGACAAGAAAAAAAAUCAAAGCGAGGAAAGGGGAAGGGUCAAAAGAGAAAGCGCAAGAGAGGCCGGUAUAAACCACAAAACUUUCACUGUGAACCUUGCUCAGAAAGGAGAAAGCACUUGUUCAAACAAGAUCCCCAGACCUGUAAAUGUUCCUGCAAAUUCACAGACUCACGUUGCAAGUCGAGGCAGCUUGAGUUAAACGAGCGCACUUGCAGAUGUGAAAAACCGAGACGGUGAGCAGCAGAGAAGAAAAGGAGUGGGGGAAGAGAGCCUUGGUUUCUGGAGCCUGAUAUCUCGCCUGGUCAAAAAACACUAAUCCAAAUGAACACUAAAAUGAAGGAUCAGUAGAGCACAGCACUUUUGAGUACGGACGAUGGACUCCGGAAGGAACAUUCCCCGAGGACCCUCACAAGAUUCACCUUUUGGUUUUGAACUGGUUUUCUAUAGAGACUUUCCUUCUCAUGCUGCUAAAUAAUAGAGCCAGGGAGACUGGAGUGGUAUGUUUUGGGACUCCCGUUUCACAUGAAUAAAAAUAUAUAUGUUUGUAAAUAUAGAUAUACAUAUAUAUUCUGAGUUUUAAGAAAGAAAAAAAAGAUUGCUAACAUUAUUGGUGUCUUCACUGGAUAUAUUCAACUGCUGUGGACACAAGUGGGCUACUUGGGGCGUAAGAAAGAAACGAUGACUGGACUUCAGCCAAAAGCGCUCAGUGUAAUCUUCAUACUCUUGCUGACUCUGUUAAGCAUGCUGCUCCACCAAGCUCAGUUCCCCAGGCCCUGUCUUGUAUGGAGAGACAUUGGCACCAGAGAGGAGGUGGCAGGGGAUUCCAAAGUUGGGGCCUUGGAAUAUUAUGGGUCAAAAGGUCAAGGAAGUGACUCUAGCCACUAGGUCUGAGGAUUCGGUCAACUUCCCUCUCCCUCCUCUCCAAAACGAUCUGCCCCAACUUGUCUUGCAACCUGCCUGCUUUGAUGGGACACUGGUGUAUGUUGUCGAAUUGACUUUGCUGCAGGAACUUUGCCCUGGAUCUAUGUUCUGGCCUUAACGGUGCUUGUCAGUGGCUGGUGCUUGUCAACUUGAGCAGGCGUUGCUGGGAUCUACAAUCUUGCAACCUCUCUUUGCUACUUAAAUCAAGGAUAUGGGGGCUUGGCAGUACACGGAAGCAAGUAUAUAUAGCCAGGCAGUUGAGCAGUGCUGUCUGCCAUCCUUAUGCACAGAGCUGCCAUUGAAGAUGCUUAUGGAACAUCUCUGGAAAGGGAUAUUAAUCUGAAGUAUAUAUGUACAAUAGAUUGGGGCGGGGGGUGAGUGUGUGUCUGUGUGGGGAGUAUAUGCACACAAAUAUACAGGUUCAAAAUUGGAAAGUGGCAUUUACAGCCUGUUGGGCAGUAUCCGAUGAGAGAUUACUUCUCGUUUUGUGAAUUCAUUAAUAUUCUCAAGCUGUUGUAACAUGAAUGUGCCAAGGCAUCUUGUGCUAUGCUGGAGUUUUGUAACUUUAUUUCUUUCCACCAUCAUCCUGGUGGCGUAAUGUUGCCUAUCCUACCAAUACACGGUCUUGUUUAUUUGAAAACGUGUUCCGUUGCAACAGAAACUUAUUUAACAAGAGACUUAUGAAGCAUUCGCCACCAAACGUUGGAUAAUUCAUAAUGAGUUUAUUUGCCUGAAGUAAACUCUCAUCUGGACUUUGGGGGUGCCCAUCUUAAAUUUUCCUUCCCUCUCCCCCAAUAACCUUGAGCAAUGUGCCAUGUAGAAUCUUGAAUUUUCAGUGUUGAAUUGUUCAGAAAACACUUGUCUGACUUGGCUUGAUGAGACAAAGAUAGCCUCAAAGUGACCCCAUUCAUCAUGCUUCUGCCACUACAAGGUUCAGAACAUUCUUAUGUGGAACCUGAUUAAAGUUGGUAGCACCCUAGUGUGGCUAAUAUAUUCAGGCUCUCUAGAUGUUGGCAGUAUCAUUUAACCCCCUUUAGCACAGCUUUCCCAACCUGGUGCUUUCCAGUGGCUACUGUUGUUUUUACUACAACUAAGUUUUUUUGGGAUUACGACUAACUCAGCUAGGUUGAGGAAGGCCGUUGAAUUAAAGGUGUGUGUGUGCGUGUGUGUUUGUAAAAUCAGGCCCAGUCAACAGCCACUAUAAACAUGCAUUGCCUGCGAUGUGCGGGACCAUGUGUGCACAACCCUUGGGAAAGUAGAAAAAAACUUUGCAACUCUUAAAACUGGCAAGAGUUCCAUUGUAAGACUGGUAUGGGGACUGCAUUACAACACAGAAGCUUGGGCUAGUCACCUAGAUAUAAUGCACAAAUUUUGAGUAACGGAUGCCUAAGUGCUCUUGUGAGAUCAGGCUAUAAUGCUCAGUGCCUUUGCAAGAUAAAACACUAUAAACACCAAAGCACACCAAACCACUAGGUAUUAAGUAAACAUUCUGAUCUGGAAAGGAGGUGGCAGCAAUGUACUUUAAAUAUCUGAAGUUUGUUGACUUGCCCAAAUGCACCCUGGCCUUAGCCAGCAAAUGACUUCCCCCCAGUUGGAUUGGACCCAGCACCUGUGACGUUGUGGGCAGCUUCUGCUGCCUUCUAAGCAGGUGCACGUGGUGCAGACUCUUUGAGAUUUGAAGCAGCAUUGUUGCCUUUGAAAACCUAUUCCUAUUUAAUUUAUGUAAAAUACGUUGGCGUUCAGUGUGUGUAUGUGUGUGCGCGCGCACCUGAGGGAUGCUGCAUGCAUGGACCUGUGGCUGCCUGGCUGCUCAAAAGGUAGUAAGGCCAGCUCUGAUUGGCUCGGUGAGUGGGCGGAAUGAAUCCAAACUUCUUCCCUUGCUGUAGGUUCUGGAUUCUCCACCCCACCCCCCCAAAGAGAUUCAGCACUUAGCGCUGGCCAUCCAUUUCGCAUUGCAGACCUGUUUCCUAAUUCAGUGGUGGAUGGCUGUGAAUGCAGAGGUCUAGAACCAUGUGCCCAUUGUGUGUGUGUGUGUGUGUGUGUGUAUGGAAGCUUGCUUCCAAUUGCCUUCACUGGAGUGGGGUGUACGCCUGGUGCUCAGUUUCAGAAGUUUGGGUUUUUAAAAAAUCAAGUUACAUCUGGUCUGUGUGAGAAUGCUGCCAAAUGCCUGUCUGUUUCCAGGCAAGCAAAAAAUCAACUUGUUGCAAGUUUGAUGAUUAACCACUAUGAAAUUCCCUUCUACCCAAUAGCAAGUGUGGUGUAUGUGUGAGUGUGCGUGCAUGCGUGUGCGUGCAGGGGUGUGUGUGUGCUUGUGCGUGCACACACACGCACACAGCUGAAAUGUAUAUACUCAUGCUGUGCAAGGUGACAAACAUUGUUCUAUAUACUUGUUUAAUAUCCCUUUUUAAAAAUUAGAAAUUAAAAAUAAUAAUUUAAACUAGGUAUUUUUCAGUAUUCUUUGUUAAUAUUUAAUUUUACUAUUUAUAAGCCGUACCUCUUUUUUGUACUGUUAUGUAUAAAUUUUUAACUCUUCUGCUCCAUCCAAUCUCUCCCCAGUUGUUGACAGUCAGUAGCAUGAUCAGUUAUUUAAUUAAUAUCUCUUAACACCCUCCCCCUACACAUUCCUUUUGAGGCAAGGGUUAUACAUCUACAUAUUAUAUAUAUAUUUGGUUAUAUGUAUGUGUGUGUGUAUAUAUAUAUAUAUAUAUGUUUAUGUAUAUGUGUGAUUCGGAAUAAAUAGACACUACGAUUUUUAUAUAUGUAACCCGCUCCUGCGCCCCAGAAAUAUAGAAAAAUUUACUAUCAUUUUAUUUAUUGGUGCUACUGUUUAUCUGUAAUGUGGCAAGAAAAGAAUACAUUUGCCACACUGGCUAAUCUCAAGAUUCCAUAUGAAAUAUUUAUUUUUAGACAAAAAAAUAACAAAUAUAUCUUUAAAAAAACCACCAUCUAUGGCUUUUUUUGUAAUAAAGAAUUUAAUUCUCA